AUGAGCAAUCUGGCCGAUAGCAGUAAAAAUCACACGGAUAAGCAAAAGUUUCCAUGCGAUUUAUGUGACAAGUUGUUCGUACAAAAAUUUAAUCUGACGAUACACCGUCGGACACACACAGGCGAGCGACCGUAUAAAUGCGAUGUAUGUGGUAAGUCGUUCAAACAAAUUGGUCAUCUAGUGGUACACAAGAGAACGCACACGGGUGAGCGACCCUAUCUAUGUAGCAUAUGCGGAAAGACAUUUAUAUCUUCCGCAGCUCUAACGAAGCACCAACAGGUACACACAAAUGAUAAACCGCAUCAGUGUGACGAGUGCAAAAUUUCGUUUUCCUCUAAAGUAAAUCUGACUAAUCAUCAAUGGAAGCACACGGGCUUGAAACCAUUUCUGUGUGAUAUCUGUGAUAAGUCGUUCACACAAAAGAGUUAUCUGGUCAUACACCAACGGAUACAUACGGGUACACGACCAUAUCUGUGCGACAUUUGUAAAAAGUCGUUUAUCAUUAGAGCAACUUGGAAAAAACAUCACUUGAUACACCUGAAACAGAAACCAUUCCCGUGUGACUUAUGUGAAAUGUCAUUUAACUUUAAAAUAUCACUGGAGGAGCACCGGCAGACGCACGCGGAUGAAAGACCGUUUGCGUGUGACUUAUGUGACUGUUCGUUCAAUCAAAGUGGCAAACUCGAGAGUCACCAAUGCGUCCACCUAGAUUCUCAGAUUUUUUCUCCGUUGGAUGUAUGUGAAGUAUUGUAUGGUAGCGAUGAUACUGGCGAGACAUUUGCAGAAACACCGGUGAAUUAUACCGUAUCCUUGUCACAAGUCGUUCUGCAAUGA